AUGAAUAUUCAAGAAUAUGUCACUGACAAAAACAAUGACCAUUAUAAUGACGACGUUUAUGGUCUCGUAACUAAAUUGAGUAAACACAUAUUGCAAACAUAUCGGUCUUCUCGUCGAAAUAUACAACUCUCUUAUGAUCGUGAUAUUAAAUUAAUUAAACAUCUUCGCAUUAAAGCUUUCGAAAUAUUACUGAAGAAAAGCGUAUGGAUCAGAAAUCAAGAUUGCGAACAUCAAAAUGCAGAUCCAUUUUUAGAAAUACAAAAACAUGCUUUUGCAUUGAAGCUGAGAUUAAACCAUUCGUAUGAGGCUAAAAUGUUAGAACACUUAUUAGAAAAGCUUGAAGAAUUCCCAUGCAGUGAAAUACCAGUAUCUUCUGUUUUACAAUUACUAAUGCAAUUGAAAAAUUCUGACGUUAAUCCAGAACCAUUAACGAAUAUAUUUUAUUUCAACAAAACAAAUCCUGCUUUUCCUGAAAUCAUAUAUAAUAACAAUAACAUACCACCAUUUCAAAUGUACCCAAUGGAAUGUUUCAUAUCAUCAAAGAAAUUUGAAGCAACAUUAGAAAGCUAUCCAAUUAAAAGAACUGCACCCUCAAACUUUACGAAUGAAUUAAGUUUCUUGGAUGAUUCAGUAAAAUACAAAGCACUAGUUGGGAUUGAAUCUGCUGACAUAUCAGUUGCAUGUGAUUUUAUGUCCAAUCAUAUGUUUGAUAGAAUAUCAUCACAUACAUUAUUCUGUCCAAACGAGCAAUUUACAAUAAAUUCAGAAUUUAAUGUGUAUAUUUUACAAAAUAACGUGUUUAGAAACAAGUAUGGAAAUAUAUGCAGCUUUCCUUUGGAAAGGGGGACUUCAACAAAUUAUUUAUAUCCUCCUUUUAUGCAAACAAAUACGGAAGGAAACGAAAAUGUUAUAGAUACAUGGAAUAUUUUGGAUCAAAGUGUUAGCAAUGAAUCAAAUAGUAGUGUAAACAUUUGGGAUCAUAUAUGGAAUCAAAUGAAUGUUACUGCUGCUCUAUCAGCUGUAGAUCAUCAAACAUGGGAAUAUUUUGGAGAGAUACAAUCUAUCAAAGAAUUGAUGUUUAUUACAGAUACUCCAGUUGCAGCAGUACAUCUGGAAAAGAUUAAGCAAAUAAAUAAUUUGUCUUUAAUCCCAGAAAAAUUAGUAAAUUCUUUGCUUCUCUUGGAACAAGUUUCAGCCAAAAAAUUUCUACAUGAUUUGAAAUCAAUGUUACUGGGAGUAGAGUCAAAUUCCUUCGAGUACAAAUGUGCUACAGGAUUUACCUUACGAAGAAAUAUCAGUGUAUAUAGUAUAUGUCCAGAAUCAAUAAAGAAGAUAUGUGAAGAAGCCAUUAAUUGGGGUAAUUGUUUUAAGUUCUUAUGGAAUCUAGUUACACCUAAAUCACAAAGUGAUAAAUCACCACAAGAAGGGCUAAUAUUUAAGGCCAUGUGUAUAAAUAUCAAAGAAUUAUUGCUUUAUUAUCAAGCAGCAUUAUUAAGAAUUUUUACAUAUGAAAACGAAUCAGAGGGACUAUUGAAAAUAUUUCAAAGAGUACGUUCUGUGGCUGCAUUAAUCAUUAAAGUUGCUAAAGUUUGUGAGCCUUACAAAAAAAGUCAGUACAUGCCUCGAGAAGGAAGCAACAUUCUUACUAGGAUUUAUAAUGAAGCAAUUAAAAUAACUGAUACCAAAAUUGCUUUAGUAUUCUAUUCAUUAUUAAAAUCUUGUUGCGAAGUUUAUUUUUGGUACAAAUGGAUGUUUGAAGGUAUAUGCGACGAUAUAUAUGGAGAAUUUAUGAUCAAAACACGAUCACAAUAUUUACGUAAUAGAAGCCAUAAGUUUUGGACAAAAAGUUUCAGCAUUUGCAAUGAUGAGGUACCAGGUUUUUUAAAUGAUCUAGCUGAAUCGAUACUGCAGUGUGGAAAAACAGUAAGACUCCUAAGAACUUGCGACUCUAAAAAUCCAGUAUGUCGUGUCUGCGUAACCGAACAGCCAGGAAUAAAAGUUUGCUUAAGUAUAAUCUCAUUGCGCGAGCAGUCAUCAAGAUAUCGAGAAUAUGAAAAAAAAGGUAGAACUGCACUUGGGUCAGUAAUUUCUCUUCCUACAGCUAUUUCAAAUCAAAAACGAUUGGAAAAAGAAAUGUCAAAAGUAACUAUACCUACGGAACAUGAUACAUUGUUAAAACUUCGUGAAGACAAGGAAGGAGAAAGAGAUAGAUUAAAAACAUUAACAGAAGUUUUAACAAAUCCGCAAGCAGAAUUACAUACAAAUAACUUAGAACAAGAAAAGGCGAAAAAACCUGACUUAUCAAACAAAGUAAAAGUCGAAAAUGAUAAAGAAGAAAGUAGGAUAAAAGAGACAUCGAGAUCCUUAGAACAGACAAUUAUUUGGAAUUAUUAUGAAAGCUUAGCCAAUGAUAUUAAUAAACGAUGUAUUCGUUCACAAUGGCGAACAAAAAGAAUGAAAUUGUAUAAUGAAAGAGUAGAUGCUUUAAGCAAAAUCAACCAAGAAUCGAGAAAUGAGUUUUUGAAAAAAACUAAAGAACAUAAUUGCGUAAUAACUCCAGUUUUAGUCGAAAUUCCAAUCUCACUUGAAGAUGAAAAUAAGAAUUACAGAGAUACAUCUUUUCGAACAUCAGAUGUAAUGUCAACAGCGUGUACUGAAGUGGAUCAAGAAGAUUCAACGCAAAGUUCUUCACUUGUAAAUUACACAGAUAAAGAAACAAUAAGCAAUAAUAAUGAAAAACAGGAAUUUCACAAUUUCGAACGAUUAGAAACACUAAAUACAGAAACGACUUCAGAAAUUUCAUCAAACAAAAAUACCACAAAUAAACAAAUGAAUGAAAUUUUAGAACAUCUAUCAGUUCAUUGCACCACAAAUCGUCCAUCAGUAACAGAAAGACCCACUCGUUUGAACGUUACAAAAAUCGAUAAUAUUACAGAAUCUCAAAUUGAUGUCAUGUGUAUGCGAUCAUUAGAUUAUAAAAUGACGCCCAAUAACAACGAACUUGACAUACAUCAAAUUGAAUUUAUUUCUGUUACGCAAGAAACAAAUAGAACAAAUAUUCGUUGUAUCGAAAAUAUAGUCGUCACAAAUAAAGAAAAUGACUUAGAAACACCGAUGUCAUGUACGACGGAUAAUUUUACUACUCCAUCAGUACAAACUCCUGUUUCAAUAACGUAUAAUUUGGAAGACUCAUCUCCUUCGGAAAUUUCAUCUACCGUAAUACCAUCGAAUUCGAAUCACUUAAUUAUGAAAUCACCUCUUGCCAUGAAAGGAGAUUCAACAUUUUCAGAUUUAUUUGAAUUGGCCCGUGAUGAAAAAAGCAAUAACACAUCACCAGUACUAACUCCUUUGAGUAUUACCGAUGUUGAGAUAAUUGAUCACAUCUCUCUUCAGGCCUAUUUAGAGAAGUCAAUUCGUAUUCCUCUCAACGUGCAGAGCCGUCUCGUAAACGAUGCUAUAAGAAAAUAUUUUUUGAUAGAAAAUAAUUUGCUCUCACAUUUACAUAGUUUACGUAGUUAUUUCUUUCUGCUGAAUGGGGAAUUUUCAAAGAGUUUAACAGAUUCUCUAUAUGCUCGUCUAUAUGAAAUCUCAAUACCUAUCGAACUGUUCAAUUCCGCUACUUUGACUAAUCUUCUAGAACGAGCACUCGUUCAUUCAUUUAACAAUGUUUAUAUUAAUUCGGAGCUUCUCAGUCUCUCAGCAACAGAUACACCAGCUCAAUUACACAUAUCAGAUCCAGCUGCAUUGGACUGUCUUACUCUCAACUAUAAAAUAAACUGGCCGCUUAAUAUUAUAUUUGAUGAGACAGUCAUGCAACAAUACAGGAAAGUAUUUAAAUUUUUAAUAACAAGCGGUAGAGUUUCAUGGGUAUUACAAGAAGAUUUUAAUAUUAUGAAAAGAGAACGAAAAGCAAUUACAUCGGAACAAUAUCAUAAGCUGCAAUUAUAUAGACAUUCAAUGACUCAAUUUAUGAAUGCAUUGCAUAAUUAUCUAACAUGUAGCGUAUUACACGCAAGUUGGGCUGAAUUUGAAAAAGAUCUGGAACAAUCUUUAACUGUGGAUCAGAUUUAUAUGUCACACGUAAAUUAUAUAAAACGAAUACUUUCAAGAUGUAUGCUGAAUAGUCGUGGAGAAAAAGUACGCGUGUGUUUGACUAAUAUAUUUAAAGUCAUUUUAAAAUUCCAUAAUAGAAUAAGAUCUCAAAAUUGGAUAAUGAAAUCUACAGGAUAUGUACAUCCUAAUUUUAAAAAAUUGGAACAAAUGUAUCAAGCAUUCUUCGAAUUGCGAGCAUAUAUGUCGCACGUUGCAUUUAAAUUAGCCACUAGCGGUUAUCAACCGCAUCUAGUGCAUUUUCUAAAUGCCCUGAAUAUAAAUCCAUUAUAUGAUUUAACUGCUAAAAAAUGUAGUUCUGUGGGCCCUCCAGAGCUUUAA